AUGUCAAGCGCAGAAGAGACAGGCAAUCUCAACGAGCUAGAGGCUCUCACUAUUGGGACAGAGCUGUACAUGUUCCCGAAUAGUGCAACGGAUCCAAACGCUGAUAAGCAACUCUCCCAAUCACAGAGGAGCAUCCCGGGCUCCCAACAUGACGCUUCUCAAGACACAGACUCACAGCCAUCUCAUGCAAUGCAGCCACUAGCCAACCAGGCUUCACCCCCGGGGACCAUUUUUGCCGAUAACGCUAAUAACUUGUACAUGAUUGAUCCAAAUGGAUAUGCUGUUCCCCUCAGAAGUGCACCUCCGACUCCAGUGGAGUCUCCACCGCCACCUGGUAGAAUACCGGAAGGGAUACCUUUUUCGCCGCCAAUGAGAAAGAAGAAGGGUUUUUACCAUGCACCCGCUGCCUUGGGGAAGAAUCCAAAAGUAAGCACAUUGCUCCAAUAUCAUUCGGAUAUGUUGCAAGCUGUGCGUUACGACCGGUUCUACGCCUGUUCCACCACCAACAGAUACGGUUCGUCGGACACAAUGAGCAUACAUAAUUCUAGUCUGGAUACUAGCCGUGGCAGCCACGGUUCGUGGAAGCUGGGCACGCUGAUGGAUCGUAAAAGUAGGGAAUGGAUGCAAAAUGAGCGCAUUCGUCGCGAGGCGUUAAACAACCGAUUUGGUGAACAAGGAAUGCUAGGGGGCCAUUCGAGCCUGCUAAUUACAACGCCUUCAUCAGAACGAUCUCAAGAACAAGAUUCAUACUUUGACAAUACCACUGGCGAAGGAAACUCCUCACAGAGGCACAGGAGGCCUCCUGGCAGCUCAAGGUCUUCGCGCAACAAUCCAUCUUCCUAG